GCCUACCGGUAUCAAAAUCUGAUAAUGUGCGCGACUUGGUUUUCAUGAACAGAGGUGUGGUGGUGCGACAGGAACAAGCUCUGUGUGCUGCCUGUCGACCUUCUUCACAAACACGAACAGCAUCGAUCAUGCAAUUGAUCAUGCAACACCCCGCCUGCCUUGUUGUUAUAUCGCUUUGCCUUCUCGCUUCGACUGAUUCCUUUCAGUUACAAACAUUGGCUGAGUGUUCCGCAUGGAGAAAAAACAAGAGAGGCACAUACCCGACGCCACUGUUCCUAUCRGAGCCGGCACCUCCAGAGGACGAUGGCUCCGAAAAGCAAAAAAUAUUUGUGAUGGUCGACGAAGACGAUGAACAAGACGACACGCUYUUAGAGCAUGCGAAAACGACAGCGGCUGCGCUAGGUGUGCCGCUUUUUUYCAAUUCCGAUGUGGCGGUUCGUCGGGAGUCGAGGGACAGUUUCGGAUUCACCCACGCGCUGAGUUUGGUUCCGUACGAGUACGGAACGAUACCCGAKCRAUCCACGUUUGCACUGGCCAUAGAACCGAUGGAAUCYAGCAGCGGAAGCUCCCGGCGGCGACCGAAAAAGAAGAAACCCAAAACCAACAAACCGUCUUCGGCGGCGUUUUUCGUGGAUCUCUGCCCGCCCGUGGGCAGCCGAGCCGGGCGGAGGGCGGCAGGUGCUUCGGGAACCUCGGAUCUGCUGGUCAAGGCGGUCGGUCCUCGAAAGGGAAGCGGCGGCGCGGGGGCGGUCGUGUGGGAUCUGACGGCAGGUCUGGGACAGGAUUCGCUAGUCCUGGCCAGGAACGGUGCGCGGCGGGUCCACAUGGUGGAGCGCAAUCCGGUCGUCGCCGCGUUGCUCGGGGACGCGAUGCGGAGGCUGGAAUGGAUAGCGAGUCAAGAAGCCUCGCUGGACGACUCGGACGGUCRAAAACCCGCGACCGCACUCCUGGAAACGCUUAGCCUGACCAUCGGGGAGGGAAAAGACGAACUGCGAAAGCGGGAGGGCGAUCGGCCCGAAUGCGACGUCGUCUACCUGGACCCCAUGUUUCCGCCCCGGCAGAAAAAAUCCGCGGUAAAGAAGGGAAUGUCCAUCCUUCACGGUCUUCUAGAAACCCACGUCCGGGGAGACGAGAUCGACGAAGACCAAAAGCAGCGAGAGGAACAAGAAUUGCUCGUGUCCGCAAUCGACGUCGCAASGCUUCGCGUGGUGGUCAAGCGACCCGUCAAUGCCCCGCCACUGGGAGACGGGAGCAAGAAGCCGUCGUACGUCGUUGYGGGGUCCACCAACCGCUGGGACGUGUACGUGUCCCCGGUGAAGACCUGAAUUCCGAGGGAAACUGCGUGCCACCACCUCUUGUGGUAAAAAACGUCGUGGCUUGCUUUCUUGUUGCUACUAAAAAACGAAGCAUCCG